GUUUGUGCCUAAGAAACGCUACGGCGACGAACAAGGUCUAGGUCUUUGACAAUGUAAGAAAAAGGACGCAGACGUUUAUAAGAAACACGUAAAAUUUACAGAGGGACGAAUACUGGAAUAUUGUUUUUAACGUCGUUUUAAGGAGCUGAAACAACCAGCAAAAAUGAGUGAUACGGAACAGAGUAGUGAAGGAGAAAUCAGUCCAGAAAGAUACCCAACAAUGGCGUCUGAUAUCGACACUAUGGUUGGUAAGUCUGCAAAAGAAACGCCCAGGGAUGAAGCGGAAUCGGAACAAAAUAAUGAUGCUCGGUUUACCACAGAAGAUAAUGUUUCAUCCGCCGCGAGCAGCAGACAAGGUAGAGAAAGCCAGACCAGUAGGCUAGGUAGCAAAGAAGACAACCGUGACAACGGCGAAGACAGGACUGGUCUGAAUCAGGAUUCACUGGAUCAGGAACAGAAUCGUCCAUUUGCUGAUUCGCAAGAAGGUUCGACACAGCAGUCAGAAGCAGAGUCUCCUUUACCAGCAUCCACGAGUAAGCUGCGGAUAUUACAAGAGCUCGCGCAGAUGCAGGCUGCAGACGAUGCCAAAAAGAUGCAGGAGAAAUAUAACAGACAGGUCGAGAAAGAGAAAAUUUUAAAACAGAUGGAAGAAGAAAGAAAGAGGCGAGGCGUCACCAUCUUGCCAAACGUGCAUCAGAGCAGAAACUCUAUAGAAUACCACCUGAAAAGGGAAAUACGCUCAGCAUCCAAUAAGGAGCGAGAACUGUUAAAGGAAGAGACAGAAAGGAUAAAUUUAGAAAUCGAAGCUAAGCAUGGUCUGUCGAAGAAGAAAGAUACUGAUUUCACGGCUCUGGCGGCUAACUUUUACGAGGGUAAGAAACUAGCGACAGAGACGUUACCAGAUCAUAUCAGGCGUUCCAUGACAUCAGAGGAAAUUGCGGACUUGCGUUUGGUCUUUGACAUGUUCGAUCUCAAGGAAAAGGGGUAUAUUACAGUUACGGAUCUUCGCAGAGCAGCAGGGAUGUUGGGAUUCAAAGCGAAGAAAAAAGUAUUUGUAGACAUGAUAGCUGAGCUGGCCAAAGACUCUAAAGGGCAAGUAACUUUCAUCAACUUCCUCGACUUCAUUGUUCGUAGUCAAGGAGAAGGUCCUGAUCCUUUUGAUGAGAUUUUACAGGGUUUUCGCUUGUUGGACACGUCUAAAAAAGGAUACUUGACAUUCGAAGAUAUUCGAGAAGCGUCAGAUCGACUCAGCCUUUCUCUGUCGAAUCGCGCCAUCCGAGAGAUGAUGCAGGAAGCAGACAAAACCGGAAACGGCAAGGUCGGGCAGGAAGACUUCAUCCGAUUGAUGAUGCAGACGAACACUUUCAAGACGAACUUAGCAAGAUGACGAACAUUCCAACAUAACUUGCAAUAUAUAUAUAUAUAUAUAUAUAUAUAUAUAUAUAUAUAUAUAUAUAUAUAUAUACAUGUCCAUGAUCAUGAAUGAGACUUCUGGCCACAGAUCACAGUUAUCUUCCCAUUCAUUUGGUUGAUCAGAAAUAUAUCCGGGCAAUAAUCUGCUAUUUGAGUGAUUACUUCAAGGAAGACCGCUUUCAAGCGACAACUAUUAGACUGAAGGUGAUAGGGGAGAGCAUGCAGUUUACAAAAAUGUGUAACAUGUUAACAUUAGGUAAUUCCAGCUCAUGCAAAGGUAGCACGUCGUGUCUAAAAUAGGUUUAGUGGGUGUUUAAGAGAAACGCUGGACAACAGGGGUUAUCCUGGGAGAAUGUUGCCCAAAAGCAGGCACAGGUGCUUCAAAAAACCACGGGCCUUCAAGAUAUUAAUAAAAGUGCCAUAGUCACUAAAGCUAUAUAGAAACACAUAUAGUAAAUAAUUCGCUGUAUGGCUUUCUAGCUCAAAUGGCUACAUAAAAUUAUCUCCCUUGUUGAAGACUUGUAACCUUACCUUGUUUGAGAUCUUUGGUUUUUCAAGUUAUCUAAAGGGCUCAAAGGAUAGGUGUAAAACCACUACAACCUCUUCUCUCUCACUAACAACUAACCCUCUGUCCUGAACAGACAGCCCAGAUAGCUGAGGUGUGUGCUUAGGACAGCGUGCUUGAUCUUAAUUGGAAAUGAGCACACAAACCAGUUGAAAUGAAAUGAAAUGAAAACGCGUUUCGGUAUCCAUCCGUUAAACGCCGGCGGGUGUUCCAAGUUCGAGGAGGGGUGCGCAUGUUCAGCACUAACUCUCGGAUCUGCGCCUAAAUUGUUUGAACUAUGAUAUUUAUAAACAAAGAUUGUGUGAAACCAAAUUUGUAAAAAAGGAGAAAUAAAACUUUUGAAGUA